AUCUCCUGACUGUUUCUUCUUCCUCCUGCAUCUAAAUCAACCACAACAGCCUCGUUUGGCGCUGGGCUCGUGACCUGACUUGUUGUGAUCCGAGUGUUCAACCUUUUGUCUGUCCGCCAGGGGCCUUUGUGCCGUGGGACGGUGGAAGCGCAAGCACUCACUGAUCUGAUUGACUGACGCAAUAUUUGGUCUAGGCCUGCCCAGCCUACCAACUUUCCGACUUUCCGCCCCGUGCCUAGUCAGCAACUUAUCGGGCUUGAAUCCCGAGGAACGCAGCGAUAACGAACUUGCAUAACUGCAGUUUGUCUUGCGACAACGCACUCAUAGCAACUUGUCUACCUGCAAAACAACCAUCGAAAUCCUUACAACCACCUCCAGCCUCUGCGAUCGCGCCGAACAAUCGACAACACUAUAUUCCUUUGUCGUGUUAAUGACGAACUACUCUACAAUAUCUGAUGGAAACGCUUCUACAACAAGAAGUGCCGGCGACAUGUCAAGGUGAGGAGACCCGCCGACACCGGCCACAGUGAUUAUCGUUGCUCACAACAGACUCUAGACCUCGACGUCGCGGUCAUAAGGAUGGUGGCUAUGGCGGCCAAGCCACCACGCUCAGCAGUGUUGUAAACCUGCUAAACACAAUUGUCGGAGCUGGCACUCUUGCCAUGCCCUCUGUCAUGUCCCAUAUGGGAAUCAUGCUCGGCGUCAUCCUCAUCAUAUGGUCUGGAUUGACCGCUGCUUUUGGUCUUUAUCUUCAGUCUCGAUGCGCCCGAUAUCUCGAGCGAGGAACAGCCUCCUUCUUUGCCCUGUCGCAAAUCACAUAUCCCAACGCUGCCGUUAUCUUCGAUGCUGCAAUCGCGAUCAAGUGUUUUGGGGUCGGUGUAUCAUACAUGAUUAUUAUUGGGGAUCUCAUGCCUGGUGUGGUGUUGGGUUUCUUGAGCAAUGCUAAUAGCGCUCCGUAUCUGGUUGAUCGCAACUUUUGGAUCACUGCGUUUAUGCUCCUUAUUAUCCCCCUCAGCUUUUUGCGGAGGUUGGAUUCACUAAAGUACACCAGUAUUGUUGCAUUGGUGUCUAUUGGGUAUUUGAUUGUCUUGGUGAUUUAUCACUUUGCAUCUGAUAAGCAUGCCGACCCAGGUAGCAUCAGGGUAAUCCAAUGGGGUGGAGCGAUCGAGACACUGAGCGCUCUCCCUGUUGUGGUCUUUGCCUACACCUGUCACCAAAACAUGUUCUCCAUUCUGAACGAAUUAAAGGACAAUUCCCCCAGGAGUGUUGUCGGAGUCAUUGGCACCAGCAUUGGGUCUGCUUCCUCCAUUUAUAUUGUUGUGGCUAUUACUGGCUACCUUACCUUCGGAAAUGCCGUUGUUGGAAAUAUUGUGUCGAUGUACCCUACUGGAGCUGCUUCGACAAUUGGCAAGGCAGCCAUUGUUGUCCUCGUUACUUUCUCAGUUCCUUUGCAAGUGCACCCAUGCCGAGCUUCAUUGGACGCUGUUCUAAAGUGGCGACCAAACCGCAACUCAUCCAACAAUGGCCGAACUGCAACACCAUUGCUGCCUGCAUCUCCACCUGGAGACCACGGGAGUACUGCUCCCAUGUCUGACCUUCGUUUCGCAGUCAUCACCACCUUUAUUCUUACUUUCGCCUACAUGACUGCUCUCUCGGUUACCAGUCUUGAUCGUGUCUUGGCCUUUGUUGGCAGCACAGGAUCAACCUCUAUUAGUUUCAUCCUUCCUGGCCUCUUCUACUACAAGAUCAGCAACCCGGACAGUACCUAUCAUCAACGAUUGGUCAAGGAAGACGAUGAUAUCGACGAAGACUCUUCCACUUCUGACGUGGAAGAAUCUGCUGCUCUGGCCCAAAGCACAACCAGUGUUCGCAGUGGUGUAAGCGUCGUUAGCAAUGCCAGCACUCGUAGCAACCGAAACUCCUGGCGGUGGCGACGCAAGUGGCGCUGGGAUCUCGAACAUAUUGAACACCACCAUCUGCGCAGAAUGGCACUUGCUCUCGCCAUCUAUGGAGCUGUUGUCAUGUCUGUGUGUCUCGUACUUAACAUUUUCUUUGCUGUCACUCAUUAA